GCGAUGCUGGCUGUGUCCUGUCGUGUUCCCGGGCCGACCGGAAUGUGACGGCGGCCCCUCGACUAGCCUUCGGUCUUGGGGCCCGCAGGUCGCUGGGCGACCCGCAACCGGGCCACGGCCGAGAGGAGGCUGUGCGACCUCCGCACGAUUCUGUCAAACUUUAAGGACAAAUGUACCUUAUAGCUCAUGGAAGAAAAAACACAAAUCAAGACAUUUUUGGGUUCCAAAUUGCCAAAGUAUGGAACAAAAUCUGUAAGAAAUACACAGCCAAUGCCAAACGGGACAGCUGUUAAUUUAUUAGGAACUUCCAAGAGUAGUAAUGUCAAAAGUUACAUAAAAAAUAAUGGCUCUGAUUGUUCAUUGUCCCAUUCAUUUAAUUGGAGAAAAACAAAUAAGUACCAACUUACUGCACAAAAUACUGAAGAGCCUAGCAGUUCUCAGAGUUCACUUGAUAAAUUAAUUGAUCCUGAAAAACAUGCUUCCACUCAAGGAAUGUUUGAAAAAAAUGGGAUAAAGGGAGGUUUGAAAAGUGUAUCUUUAUUCACAUCAAAGUUGGCAAAGCCAUCCACUAUGUUCGUGUCAUCCACAGAAGAGUUAAAUCAAAAGUCUUUUUCUGGACCAUCUAAUUUGGGUAAAUUCACCAAAGGUACAUUAUUAGGAAGGACUUCAUAUUCUGCAGUCAGUGCUCCAAAAUCGCAAUUAAAUGGAUUUUAUGGAAACCGAUCAACUGGUAGCAUGCAAAGGCCUAGAGCAAAUUCCUUUGCCACCAGAAGCAGUUCUGGAGAAAGCUUAGCACAGUCCCCAGACAAUAUUAAAUCUAUUACUUGUGAAAAAAUGGUAAGGUCUCAGAGUUUUUCACAUUCCAUUCAGAAUCCAUUCCUUCCACCUUCAUCUAUAACAAGGUCACAUUCCUUCAACAGAGCUGUUGAUCUUACAAAGCCUUAUCAGAACCAACAGUUACCUAUCAGAAUGCCACUACGAUCAAAUAUGCUGACAAGAAAUUCCCGACAAUCAGAAGUACUCAAUGGGAAUGAACACUUGGGCUAUGGAUUUAAUAGGCCUUAUGCUGCUGGUGGAAAGAAGUUGGCUUUACCAAAUGGUUCAGGUGUAACUUCCGCUUUGGGUUAUAGGAUGGUUCAUCCCACUCUACUGAAAUCUAGUCGACCUCCAUUUUCUGGGACUAUCGCAGUUGAUAAUAAUAAAAAUGCACCUGCUAACACUUGUGUAGAGGAAGAGGCUUCAGUUUUGGCUAAGGACAGUGUUACUAAUAAGGACCAAGAGCUAAUUGAAAAUGAAAGUUAUAGAACAGAAAACAACCAGACCAUGAAGCAUGAUGCUAAAAUUAGGUACCUGAGUGAUGAUGUGGAUGAUAUUUCCUUGUCGUCUUUGUCAUCUUCUGAUAAGAAUGAUUUAAGUGAAGACUUUAGUGAUGAUUUUAUAGAUAUAGAAGACUCUCAUAGAACUAGAAUAACUCCGGAGGAAAUUUCUCUCAAAGAAAAGCAUGAAAAUUUACCAUCAAAGGAUAUAUUUGAUUCUCCUAAGGAAAAUGAAAAAACUUUCAUUAAAACUGAUGAAUGGAUCGAUAUAAGUGUCUCUGACAGGAGUGAAUGUACAAAACAUCCUUCUGGAACUAAUUUGAUUUCACCAGAUACGGAUUAUAGAGCUGGUUCUUCAUUUGAACUUUCUCCAUCUGAUAGCUCUGAUGGAACAUACAUGUGGGAUGAAGAGGGCUUGGAACCCAUUGGAAAUGUCCAUCCAGUUGGCAGCUACGAUUCUUCUGAAAUGAAUAGCAUUGAUAUUCUUAAUAAUCUUGAAUCAUGUGACCUUGAGGAUGAUGAUCUUAUGCUUGAUGUGGAUCUGCCUGAGGAUGCACCUCUUGACAAUGUGGAGUGUGACAAUAUGAACCGCUUUGACCGACCAGACAGAAAUGUUCGGCAGUCUCAGGAAGGAUUUUGGAAAAGACCACCCCAGAGGUGGAGUGGACAGGAACAUUACCACCUUAGCCAUCCUGACCACUAUCAUCACCAUGGAAAAAGUGACUUGAGCAGAGGCUCUCCUUAUAGAGAAUCUCCUUUGGGUCAUUUUGAAAGCUAUGGAGGGACCCCCUUUUUCCAGGCCCAGAAGAUGUUUGCAGAUGUACCGGAAAAUACAGUGAUACUGGAUGAGAUGACUCUCCGACACAUGGUCCAGGAUUGCACUGCUGUAAAAACUCAGUUACUCAAACUCAAACGUCUGCUGCAUCAGCAUGAUGGAAGUGGGUCAUUGCAUGAUAUUCAGCUAUCAUUGCCAUCUAGUCCAGAACCAGAAGAAGGUGAUCAGAUAUAUAAGAAUGAAGAUUUAUUAAAUGAAAUGAAACAACUUAAAGAAGAAAUAAGGAAAAAAGAUGAAAAAAUACAACUAUUAGAACAUCAACUUGCAACCCGGUGUAACUGCCACCAAAAAUCUAAAGAGGAAAAAUGCUCAUAUGCUGAUAAAUAUACCCAAACACCCUGGAGAAGAAUUCCUCCUCAAGUACUACAGCCUUCCAGCAACCUGCCCAGACCCACAGACCACGCCCAGGGAAAACUAAUAAAGCCACAACAUAUCGAGGCCCACAGUGAAUGUGCAGUCUGGGGCAUGCACCAGAGCAGUGCCCUUCCAGAUGGAGGCUUUACACAUGGCUUGCAACAAGAAAACAAUUAUGAUUUGGAAAACCGGCCUUCUUCAUCAAGCCCACAGUUCAAAAUGGAUGUAACUAAGAGUGCACCUUCUGAAGCGAACUUGAACAUGACCAUGAAUGUUCAAGAGCCUUAUCGUUUGACAAAGAAUCAGAUUAGUGACAUGCAGUUUAUACCUACUUCUCUACAGACACCUCCCCAGUUAAGUAUAGUAGACCAAGCUAAGAGAGUUGGAAGAGAUCAGUCUCCACCGGUGGGAUACCCGUCUCAGCCCAAAUCCUUAAAGCUGUUAAAGCCAUCUACCUUAAGUUCUUUGGCACCCCCUCCAGAUUCUGAAUCAUCUCCAAGUAGGACUCCCACUUCUAAGAAGUCACCGACAAUCACACCAUGUAAUUCAGCAAAACUUCAGCCAACAUCUAGUCAAACAAAUCUGGCAAAUAAUCUGAAUCUGAAAACAUCUAAGCUCCGUCCCCCUUCCAGCUCUUUCAAACAAAAACAAAUAAGCAGCCCCCAACUAGAACCUCAAAACUUCCAGUCCAAGACAAGUAUCCCAAGGCCACUAGCACGACAAAAAGAAAUCAUGCAGAAUCCAAAUGGCAAUUUGCAUUCUGGGGAUUGUUUGGCCUCUAAUCGAUAUUCUCGUCUUCCUAAACCAAAGAUACAUUAAGUACAUAGCCAUUACCUGCCAAUUUGUUUUUUUUUUUUUUUAAAGAAAAAAAAAACCAAUCUGUUCUGUAAUAGCUUUAUGUGCAAUUUGCUACCAUGUUGGAGGUUCCACUGAAAGCCUGCAACUCUUAAAAUUAAAACGUGAAAGCUUCUACUAGUUUGGCUCUUCCAUUUUAUAUCCUGGUUGAAGUAUAUACCAUUUGAGCAUACUCGUCUCAGGUAAACACAGAAGUUUGCUUUCCCAUCUCAGAAGCCUACAGAAGACUCUAAUCAUGCUAACCAUCCCUCUGCACAUCAGCAAAGUAAUAAUAUUUCCCUCAGCAGGCAAGAAGUAGGCUUUGCUGAUUUAGACCUGUUGUAUCUGUAUUAAUUGUGGUUAUCCGAACCCCAGCUCCUUUCACUUGUUCCUCCUGUGACUAUGGCUACUAAUUUAACUCAAGAUGUGGUGAUGAUGGAAGUUGGUAAUCUGUAGAGUUCUGGCCAGUGUUUUAUAUAUUUAAAGGUCUAUGCAAAAGCUUGUGAUGAAUAAAGGAGAAGGAGAUCAGACUUUUAAUGGGAA